AUGGAUACAAAAAUCGCCGAUGAGUCCUAUGAUCUGAAAACUCUGGCGGGAGGACAGGAUACCGUUGGCCAAUUCAAGUAUGCGGAAGUCCUACCACAAAUCAGACCACUGAAAAAUCUGGACGCCAUCAUGAGCUCGAGUAUACUUUGGGAUGUGAUCAGUGUGAGGGGAAGAACGGAUAAAGUCGUGUAA